AUGCUAGUUGUGACACCAUCAUCAAAGAAGUGCAUAACUGAGGAUGUUGCAAAACAUAUCUCUAGCAAGACCAAGAAGCCAAAGAAGCGAAAGUUGAUUCUUCAGGGUGAUGAAGACAAAGAAAUUAAUCUUUCACCUCAACAACACUCACCUAUCAAGUCAACUUUCGAAAUGAUAGGAAUUGAAAGGAGCUCCGUGGAAACUUCGAUAGCGGACACAUCUAUUAUUUUUGGUGAAUCAACACAAGUAUCGGCUCCUAUGCAGACUUCGGUCAUACCAGCCGAGGUUUCGUUUACGGAAUCAUUUCAUGAGGAGGUUCAAACCUCAGGCAUUUCUACACACGUACCUGAUACGGAUGUGAAUGUCUACAUGGCUGAAGUAGUUUCGAACAAUGACCAUCCAGUUGUUACUCAAGAAGAAGGGGAUAUCCCAGAUCAUAUGCUGAUGUAUGGGAAGCAGUUCAAGAUUCUCAACAAAAAGCUCAAUUCAAUACUUCAAUCCCAUGCAGAUGCACGGGGAUUCGAAACGAGUUGCAAAGGGACGCCAUGUUCUUUUGUGCAAGAUGCUAAGAUGAUUUGUGAGAAUGUCAAUCACAAGCUUGAAGAACUGAAGGUUGAUGUAUCAAAAGAGCUUCAUGAGAUGGAUAACAAAUACUCUUCUCUUCUUGAGAAUGUUGAUAUUAUAGUGGAUGUUGUUACUACAUUUGUUAAAACGCAUCAAUCUUUUGAUGAUAAGUUUGAUGAGAAAGCAAUUGUUGAUGUUACAAAUUUUGGAAAAGUUACUUCUCUUCUUGAAGAAUCGAAGGACAUUUGUUUUGAAACCUGGUUCCUCAUUAAUUUUUACUCCUGA